UUAUACCCUGCAGUGAAUUCGACCAAUCGUUAACACGUCUUAAAUGUACGAUUUGAAGGGUGAUUCGAGGUAUAUUUAACCUCGACCGCGCUUCUCUCUCUCUCUCUCCAAACCGCUUCCAACUCUCUCUGUGAUUUCCUUCUUCUGCUCACCUCUCUAGACACUGAUCGCUUUAAAUUAAAAACUGAAUCAGGGUUGGAUUACGUGUGGAUGGUUCCAACUCUUCCGGGUCGACAAUUUACAGCCAAUGAUUUUUUAAAGGAGGAAAAAAACACACACACACACAUAAGAAGGGCAGAUCGGAGUGUGUGGUGGACAAUUCCUGCAAUCAGUUCUGAGCAGAGAGACGGAAACAGUCAAACCAGCCAGCAGAAGGUGUGCGAGCAAACAUGAGGUCUCGGGUCGGCGCUGGUGGCAGCAGCAACAGCUAAGAGAUGGAAGAGAAAGCGGUGCCUGGGACCCAGAGCAGCUCGGACGCUGGGCGGCCAGGGGAUGCUGGUGGGUCAGCUACUCCCCGGACUGUCUCCAAGUGCGAGCACGGUCAGCCGGACUCCCAGGGCACCCUUCACAGAGCCCUGGACUUCAAGCUGCAGGGCAACCAGUGCUACAAGGCGAAAAAAUUCCGAGAAGCCAUCGGAAAGUAUCACCGGGCUCUGCUGGAGAUGAAGGGCUUCCUGGCGGUCACCGACCCGGACUCGUCGCCGUCCCCGUCUCCGGCUGUCCCGGCGCAGCCUUCCUCCUGCGGGAGGGCGCCGGUCACACUGACCGAGGAGGAGAGGAGGCUGCUGGAGAGUAGCGAGAUCGAGUGUUACAACAGUCUGGCGGCUUGCUUGCUACAAGCCGAACUGGUGAACUAUGAACGAGUAAAGGAAUAUUGCCUCAAAGUCCUGAAGAAAGAAGGAGACAAUUUCAAGGCCCUGUAUCGCUCUGGUGUGGCUUAUUAUCACCUUGGAGAUUAUGAUAAAGCAUUACAUUAUCUGAAGGAAGCAAGAAACCGAGAACCAACAGAUACAAAUGUCAUCAGAUACAUCCAACUGGCAGAGAUGAAGCUCAGCAGAUGCUCGCAGAAGGAAAAAGAAGCACUUUAAAGGCAUUCGAUACUGCAGGGGUAGGAGAGGACAACUGCUGCGGUGACUGGUGGGCUUUGUUUCGCCAUCAAACUUUAUUCUCUGGAUUGGAAGCUUGCCUGCAUGAGACGAGCUCCGGUUCCCCAGCUGAGGAACUGCAGAGCCAGAGGCCAUUUGAAGUUUGGCAUUUCGUGUAACCAGAAACAGAUUGGGAAAAGAUCUUGAGGCUGUGACGUCAUUACAAGAAUUUUAGCAAGCUUUGUUAGGAACAUUUUUUUUUAAAUUGCAUCGCUUGUUGAGGAAGGUAACGUGUUUAAAAAGUUCUUUUUUUUAAAUGACUGUUGACAGAAGUUUACAGAGAAACUGAAAGUGGGAAUAGUUUACCACUCUCUGUGGAUAGGGAGAGAAGUAAGUUUGCAAUGACACCACAGCAAUCUCUCAAAAUGGCCGACUCCAGAUCUCCUGAUUGAAAACUGGCCAAGGGAGAUUAUCAUCAAACAAUUGAUUUGAUGGACAGCAUCCAAAACAUUUGAGCAGAAAGCAGUCCUGUAUAUUUGCACUGCCAUUUAGCCUUUACUCAUUAAAGUUUUAGCAAUUUGAAGGGAAGGUUGAGAGUUGCUGCUCGUAGAACCUGUUUAGAAUAAUAUACGUGAAUUAUUAUAUUCAGAUUUUAAGAAGUACCUGUACAGUGAGGGAACAAGUAUCUAUAACUAUUAUCAAUUUUGAUAAACAUGCUUUAAAUUAAAAAAAAUACUUUUAUUGAAGUGGUAUAACACAAGUGUUGAGCAUGCUAAGUGCAUUGGCAAAAACAAAGUGGAAGAAGAGCACAAUAAUUGUUUGCAAUUACCCUGAGAUUAUGUUGCAGUGUGCAAAAUGCAUAAUGCACUUGUCUAGAGCUUCUCUAUCCAUUAUUUUAGUGGAGACAUUAAACAAUUAAGACAGAAACGUGCACUUGGUAGCUGGAGAAAUAGAAGAGAGAGAAAUGUAUUAUUUUUCAACUAGAAAAGAAGAUGGAUGUUUUUAGGUCUCACUGAUAGCCAUUUGUUUCCAUGGUGAUAGAGUCCAUUAACAACUGCACAGAAAACAUAGAUGUGUGUUCUAACACAGUAGACUUUGAAUAUCUUGGGACCUGAGGGUGUUAAUAUGUAUCUGCUGGUUGUGAGACUUUACGUGUUAGUCAGUGCUCACAAUUUCAUUAAUAAGUCAUUGACUUUGAACAGUUGUUUAAAUGAUUUACUAGGAGACGGUCGCUAUUCUAACAGGCACAUUGCAAAAGAGAGUGGAAGCUGAACUACUCAUUAAUAAAAUUACAAGUGCCAGGGCAAAUGCUGCACUUGUCAAUUUUCAAAUAAUUGGAUAAUGGAUUCAGCUCUUAUUAGCCUAUGUUGUGAACAGUGCAAGCAAUAUCUUAAGGCAGUGCAUGGAAGAGUAAAAGAAUGUGUUAUAGGAUAAGAAAGUGUUGGAACUGCACAGUGAACAUCUGAAAAAUAAAAGAUAAUAUUGUAUGUGGUACCAGAGCAGCUGGGUAUUAAAGCCAUUCCCCUCUAAUUUCAAA